AUGGCACCCCAGAAAGAAUUGAGUCAGACAACGGGACUCAUUUCCGUAAUAUCUUAUAGACACUUGGCCAAAGAACAUGGCAUUGAGUGGGCUUCUGAAUUCUUUCAGUUUGCAAUAGGUUCCCUUCAGGUUAUUGUAGGAAACAUCAUCUUACGGACAACCGGAAUAGCCCCAAAACUAUCAUUUUACUCUGGCCAUUCUUCGUUCUCCAUGUACUGCAUGCUCUUCCUAGCACUUUACCUUCAGGCCAGAAUGAAAGGAGACUGGGCAAGACUUGUACGUCCUACUGUACAAUUUGGUCUUAUUGCUGCAUCUAUCUAUGUGGGUCUCUCACGUGUGUCUGAUUACAAGCAUCACUGGAGUGAUGUUUUAACCGGACUCAUUCAGGGAGCAGUGGUAGCUGUGCUCAUUGUUGUGUAUGUGUCUGACUUCUUCAAAGUGAGAGGAUGUACAUUUCAACCAAAAGAAGAUUCCCAUACAACCCUACAUGAGACUCCAACAAAUGGAAAUCACUUUGGCAGCAAUCAUCAACCAUGAAGAAUGACACACCUCACCUGUCUUGCUCUCUGAAAACAUUUUCACAAGUCUAACUAUGUAAUAUAAGUAAAUGCCUUUAAGGGACUGCUGCUGCUCUUGAAUGCUCACUUUACCUGUAUAUAGUAACAUCUACCACAGUUAUUGUAUAUCUAAACUUCACAUUUCUGUUGGUUCAAGCUCUUGCUUAAAAGAAAAAAAGCUAUUCAAAUUGUAAAUUUUCAUUGAAAACAUGGUAACAGUUAUAUUACACUGCUGUUUAUUUGUACAUGCCUUGUUAAAACAACUGUGGUUUAAAUACACACUAUUAAAGGAAA